CGAAUAACGUAUUUGAUUUGGCGAAUUUGGUCUUGCCAUUGAUUCUGCAAUCUAAUGAUGGUGUUGUUCAAAGAGAUGGAUAUUGGUAUGAAUGAGAUUCUUCAAAAAUUUGAAGAGGCUAUUAAUUCAUUCCGGAAGAAGAAAGUAGCGCCUUUCGACAUUGGUAUCAAGGUGAGCAAAGGUGUUCUCAAAGAGAAUCUCAUCCUCUUGGCAAACAGUAUGACAUAUGCUGGAAAUUUGAUUGACUUCAAUUCUGGUGGUUAUAAGGCGCUUACUCAGUCAUUGAAUGUUCAAGUUCCAUUUACUGAAGCUACACUAAUUGUAAGAAAUUGGAAUUUUGUCUAAUUUAUUGAAGGAAUAAUAAUAAUUGUG